AUUUGUUGCAUGGUUUUGUUGUUUUUUUCGGCUGCUAGUGUUUAUUUUUGAACCAAACAAUGAAAAUAUACAAGCAGAAGCUUCGUGACGCCUGGCUGCAAAUGCCCGAGUUCCGGCCGUGGUUGCGCCGGGACCCAGAAGACUCUUAUCGUGCGCACUGCCGAUUCUGCAAGUGUGGCGUGAAUACCAAAAUAUGCGACUUGCGCGCCCAUGCCCGGACGAUGAAGCAUAGGAAGAGGAACUCUGAGCCUGUCAUUGAAGUCAAGCCAGCUGCCCAUUUGGCCGACGCUGAAGAUGCGAUCGAGAUUUCAAUUUGCCACAGCAACAUCAGAAGUAGUCCCAAAGUUAGAUCGAAGCCGCCAACUGUAAGGCGCGAAAAAAUUCGGAAAGUGAAAGAGGAUGAAAAGUCGCAGCCAAUUGACUAUGAGCAGAUACUCCAAAAUCUGGCCCUUUACGAGCCUGAGCAGGUGAUGUUCUCCACAUGUCCUUUGACGGGACCAGAGCAUAACCCUGAAGAAGAGGCCGAAACGGUAGUGGUUGCCACCGAUACUACUAUUGAUGAGGAUAUGAUCAACAAGGCUGUGGCGAACGCAGUAAACAACCAAAAGGAUUCUUCGCAGAUUUUUGGAGACUUUGUGGCCGAUCGACUGCGACAAUUGAGUAGUGAUGCGUCCGAGUUUGCCAAGGAUAAGAUUAUGAAAGCUAUUUUAGAAGCUGCCUCUAUAGACAGAUCAGUUAGUUAUACAUAGAAUAAUUAGUUUAGUUAAAUUGUAAAAACGAGUUUAAAAACAGUAAAG